AUGUCCAUCCGUAAGCCUGCCCCGACGCCCACCCAGUCUAUCCCCAAAGACGAAAUCACAAUUCUUCAGGGUCCAAGGAAUAAGCUGAUAGUGGUCUUCUCGACUGGAGAGAUAUCCUCCAAAGAUGCAGCUCGGUUCCGCUUCAUUUCAAGUCCGGCUCUGCCGCAUGGGCACCAGCACUUCCUCGAGUCAACAAACCGCCAGGGGAAGCAGAGUGUCUGGCGGGAUCGGUUGAAUAGGGAGUGUGACAGGAUGCGAGAAGGCCUGUCCCAGCUUACAAUCAGACGCAACGUGCAAAAAGACUUACAGGGGGCCCCCGGGAUCCCAAACGAUGUCGCCCGUGGAUGCUCCACGCUGGAACAAAAGUAUGGGAAGUAUUGGAAGACCAUUGGCCGCGGCGCCCACGGCACGAUCAGCAUAUUCCGCAAGCCCAACCCACAAGGCCGAGACGUGAGCCUAGUCGCCGUCAAGCAGUUCCACGAAAGGCCCACCCCGGCCCGGUCGACAGAGCAGGACGGCAAAGAGGCGCCGGCCGGGCACCGAGACCACCUGACGAGCGGCCUGCAGCACGCAAACGUGGUGCGGAUCCUCGACGUCUUCCAGGCCGAGCAGCACAACACGCUCUAUGAGGUCAUGGAGUUCUGCGCGGCGGGCGACCUCUUCUCCCUGAUCCAGUCGGAGUGGCCCUUCCAGGCCGACGAGGCCAACUGCUUCUUCAAGCAGCUCAUGCGCGGCGUGCAGUACCUGCACGGGCUCGGCAUCGCGCACUGCGACCUCAAGCCCGAGAACCUGCUGCUGACCGAGUCGGGCUCCCUCAAGAUCAGCGACUUCAGCUGCAGCCAGCAAGUCCUGUCCCGCCCGGGGGACCCCGGCGGCGAGGCGCGGCUCCUCUCCGGCAGGCGGGGGUCCACGCCGUACGUGGCGCCCGAGGAGUUCACCGAGGACGAGUUUGACGGGCGUGCCGCUGACGUCUGGGCCUGCGGCGUCGUCUACAUGGUCCUCCGCCUCGGCCACUACUGCUGGCCAUCAGCGCGGGCGGAGGACGGCUACUACACUUCGUACGUCGAGGAUCGUCGGGUGGAGGCCGGCUUCGCGCCUGUGGAAUCGCUGCACCCGGUCGAGUGUCGCGAUAUCGUAUACUGCCUCUUGGACCCACUACCGGCUCGACGGCUCACAGCUUCCCAAUUCCUCAGGUCAGAAUGGGGCCGCAGCAUACAGGUCUGCCAUGGAGGCGGAAGUGCUUAG